GGAAAAUCAGCGGAUUACGCCUCGGAAGGGCGCCAUGCUGCUCUUCAGUAGAUGAGUAAUCAGCAAAACAGCGAGAUCGACACCGCUAUCGACGAGAAAACUGAGGAAGGAUUAGUUCGGACUGAGGAGGUGGUUGCUGAGCCCGUCGAGACGACAGAUCCAUCAACGGACACAACCAUGGCAGAGACGGACGCCCUGCUGCGAGUGAACGGCGCCACUGCGGAGGAAACAGAUGAGCGAGAUCUUGCGGAAGACGGGCCGAGGCGAGAUCUGAGUGCUGAAGACGAUGCGGCUCAUCACAGCAUUGCAGUGGCUGUCUUCACGUGCUUCGGCAUCGGUCAGCUUGUGUCAUGGAACUGCAUCCUGUCGGCCCUCCCCUUCUUCGACCUGAACGCCUUUCCCCGACUGCCGUGGGUGUUCGCCAGCUCCCAGAGCUACACCACCUCAAGCCUCAUCGGCCAGGUCCUCAUGGUGGCCCUGCACGCCAAUCCUCCCGCCCCUCCGGCGCCAAUCGAGGUCUCGCCCUCGCUGUUCCGGCAUGUGGUCAACACGUCCCACCACAAGGUGAAGCUGCUUUGCGCCUCCUUCGGCGAGAGGAUCUUGUCGCCUGCCUUUCGGCUGGUCAUGUCAUUGACUGUCUUGGCCGCGGGGACGGUCGGCUUGGCGCUUGCUGCGGUGUGGGGCUAUCAGAGAGUCAUUGGCUUCGUGGUGGCCUUGGCCUGCGUGGCCGUCAUAGGUGCGCGAGGAAGCAGUGAGUGGCUCAAUGCGCCACGCCAUGGGUCUGAGGUGGUGUGUGUGUGUGUCGUGUCGUUGUCAGGUUUGGCGAGUGCUGCUGCGCAGGCGACCACGUUUGGGAUAGCGGGUCUGCUGCCGGGGUCCUACACAGUGGCGCUCAUGUUUGGCCAAGGCAUCGCUGGGAUGGCCACCUUCAUCCUCGCGACUCUGUUCAAGCUGCUGCUGCCGCAGACGGAGGGAGGUAGGACACCGAAAUGAGAAUACGGCGUACUGACUGAUGCAGCGCACUUCUGCUCGUUUGUGUAUCUAUCUCUUUCUCCAGGCAACAUGUUGUCCUUCUUUGUGUUUUUCGCCCUUUGCUCGUCGUGGAUUGUCUUCUGCAUCUUCGCCUACUUCGUAAGACGCACCAGCCAGCACACACCAAACCAAACGGCCCUCCCAUACAGUACAUGUGUCUGUCUGGCUUAAUUUGGCUCGCCCCAGAUGCUGCUGCGACUCCCCUUCUUCGUGCAAGUACUCAAUGAUCUCAAGGUAAGGUACUCACCCAGAACACCCACGAGGGGACAAAAAUCAAUCAAAGGGCUCUGCUCUGCUCUGCUCUCCUGUUCUGUGUCAGUCGUCCCAGUCUCCCUUGAUAACCGAGACAGCAACUGAGGUCGACCAUGAGGAUGACGAAAUCGACAUAGCCGUCAUGAACUCCGAGAGUGCCGCCCUGCUGGAAAGCAGCUGCGAGCCGUCGCCCCUCUAUCAACGGAAGCGCGAAAGGGUGACGGGGGAUGGAGGCAUGUUGCCGACAGGGACGACAGAGACCGCCACUCCUUCUCCGUCGCAGGGUGAGGGGCCUGGUGCUGCCUCGGCAUGCUCCUCGCCUGACAUGAUCGGUACAGUACAACACCCCCCUUGCUGAGAGACGUGUGUGCUCAUCCUAUAAGCAUCAUCUGUCCGUGUCUUUUUCUUUCUUGAGACCAGAUGGGUCGAGACGUGAAGCCACCGAUGGGCCGCUUCCCACUGAUCUGUCGCCGGGAGUUGAUGAAAUUCCUCCCUCUGUCCCACCGGAUUCCCCUUUCCCAGGAGACACUCCAGAAAUCAACGGCAGGAGGGCGGGCAGGAGGGGUAGGUGGAGAAGGGGAACGUCCCCUGCUGUGCCACCCGGCAAGUCGGUCAGGACGGUCCUGGGGGAGAGACGACCCGUCAGGGACAUAUUCUGGUACGAUCCAAGACACACAAGGACGGACGAAUCAAGAUCGUCACACAAUACCUGGUGCGUUUGCUUUUGUGCAGGUCGGCCUUCCCCCAGGCGCUCAACGUGUUCCUCGUGUUUGCCGUCACCUUCACCAUAUUUCCCUCUGUGUCUGGGACCUGGGAAGUGGGCAGGUCAGAGAGAGAGAGAGACAGGGUGGAAGCACCGCUCAUCCUCCCUUCUAGUGUGGGUGGCUUGGCGUGCAGAGGCUCGAGGUUGGCCAACGACUGGUUCAAGCUGAUAGUUGUUGGCUUCUUCCAGCUGGGUGACCUGGUUGGCCGCUACAUGCCCAACUGGGGGAUGAAGGUGCCGCCACACCACCUCAACAAGGGCGUGGCUGCGAGGUUCGUCUUCAUCCCCCUUUUUAUGGCGUGCCAGCGGCUGGGCGAUUCGCUCAUCUUCGGCUCGCAGGCCUUCCGCUACCUCGUCAUGCUCGCCAUGGCUCUCACGUAAGCCAAGCGACACACAGGCCAAGCCGGGGGAGCUAAGCAAGGGUGUGUGGGGGUAUUUGGCGCCACGACUGCAGCAAUGGGUGGAUGGCGUCUCUGUCGAUGACGUUUGCACCGCAACAGGUACACUAAGCUUGGUGGCCACAUGUGCGAAUCGUCAUGGUCAUGGACAUGUGUGUGUGUGUGUGUGUGGUCGCAGGUGUCGAGUGAGGCGGAGAAGGAGGUGGUGGGCUUCAUCAUGUGCCUCUCACUUAUUGGAGGUCGGCCAGACCACAAACACGGACGUUGGGAGACGAGAAAUGAAUGGCUCGCUGCUGAAAUGUGUGUGUGUGCAGGCAUCUGCGCUGGUUCGUGGCUGUCGUACGCCACGCAAUGGGGCCUGCCUCUCGUCAGUGGGCCAUAGUGUGCUGUCGGGUGGAUGUGCCUUUGUCCAACUCAACUCUAGUGCACUGCAUGCGGACCGGACCGAGCCG